AUGAUCAAAUCAGCACUUUUCUGGUCUUGUGUUGUGCUAUCUCUGGCAUUUAUCGGCAAGUUGCUAUUGGAUACGGGUACUUUUCGACACAUUGAAACUAAAGGCUUGACUCAAUGUCAAUUGAUGGUACCACCAAACGGAGAGGGGCAAGCGUUCGAAGAUUUCGCGAUUGAUUAUGAGAAAGGUGUUGCAUACAUGCCUGGUGACAAUCGAGCAUGGUGGCAUACAUUGAACAUCUCUCUAGCAAGUCAAAGUAAACGAGGCAAAAUGUUUCGACUCGAUUUGGAAUCGGAAACAUUCUCGCAAUACAAAUUGGUCAAUUAUCCAUAUGAACAUUUUCAUCCUCUGGGCAUUGGUUUGUUGAAAAGACAAAACAAUCAAUUGUUUCUAACUAACUAUCGAGUAGUCGAUGGCGAAGUUGUUGGAACUGUGGAGAUCUUUGAAACCAGUACAUCUAAUGAAAAGCAAGUGAAAUGGAUUGAUUCAGUAGUCCAUCCUCUUUUCACAAUGCCGGAUGAUGUGUUACCCAUUGAUGAAAAUACAUUCUAUGUUUCGAAUGUUUAUCACUAUCGUGUCGAUAAAUCACCAUAUUUACAUCUAUUCGAAACGUUCGGAAGACGACCUUGGACUGAUGUAUUACUAUGUUCGAAAACAAAUGAAUGGCAGUGCAAAAUACUAAUUGAUUCUAUGGCCACAUCGAACGGUAUCGCAGCUUCAUUAGAUUUCAAAACAAUCUUUAUUGCUUUCACCGCAGACAAAAGUGUCCGUGUGUACAAAUACAAUUCAGAAAACAAUCUAUUGACUUACACACAAAGCUUGUACGUCGAAUUCUUUCCGGAUAACCUUAUGGUUAAUGAUAAAGAUGAACUGAUCGUUGCCGGUCAUCCAAAACCUCUCGUUUUUGUUCAACAUGAGAAAGAUCGUCAUGUUCGUUCACCUUCCGAAAUAGUUAUAUUUCGCAAUCCCACAUCAAAUUCCACUUACGAGAGUCUUUUACUGACCAAUGGUGAAAUCUUAUCAGCAUCGACUGUUGGUGCGACAUAUAAACAUAAACUUCUUGUUGGUGCUUUAUGUGAUCACGGAAUCCUGAUGUGUCACGAUUUGUCUUAG